AUGACUAAAGAAGAUGGGGUGGACACCGAUGUCGACGGAGAAAGCUUAGGCAACUGCCUGAGCGGUUUCGUUGAUGAUGGUAGCAUCGAAAGCCAUCGAUACUAUUUGGCCCGGAGAACCGCGUUGGAGAUGCUGAGGGACCGUGGAUUUGCUGUUCCGAAUGCUGAAAUUGAAUUUUCUCUUCAAGAAUUUCGUAACAAGCAUGGGCAGAAGCCGGAUAUUGAUGAUUUGAGAAUCACCUCUCUUCACAGGGAUGACCCUUCUAUUAAGGUUUUAGUUAUCUUCUGUGGACCGCAAAUAGUUAAAGUAAAUGUCAUCCGCGCGAUUGCUACUCAGAUAGUUAACAGAGACACGUUAAGUCGGCUGAUACUGGUAGUGCAAAAUAAAAUAACUAACCAGGCAUUAAAAGCAGUGGGUCUAUUUUCAUUCAAAGUCGAAAUUUUCCAGAUCACUGACUUACUUGUCAAUAUUACUAAGCAUGAAUGCAAACCAAAGCAUCAGGUGCUACCUGAACAAGAGAAACAAAGUCUAUUAAAGAAGUACUGCCUGGAUGAAGCACAGCUUCCACGGAUGCUGCAAAAGGAUGCAAUUGCUCGUUACUAUGGCCUCGAGAAAGGGCAGGUUGUGAAGAUCAUAUGUCAUGGCUUUAUAUUCCAAAAGACUGUUAUAUUUAAACUGUGUGUUGUUGUGAAGGCAAUGCUUCUUAAAUCUAAUGGGAAUUAUGCUUUUGUUUUCUUGUACUUGGUUGCAUGUCGCGAGUACUGUCGUAACAUGAUGGAUUAUUUAGUUUUAUCAGGGGAGAUGGUGUUGCGAAAUUUGCUGUCAGUGUUUGAACCAUUUGAUCAACGAGGCAAUAGAAGACUUGUGCCGAUGAGAGGUGUUUACUUGCUGGCCAUUGUUUUCACUGAGCUGCUGCGGAGAGGGAUUCAGUAA